GCUACAGCUAAGCUGCUGGCUUUGGGCGUGGGCUGCGGUAAUCAGAGCGCUGUUUCCCCCUCAGUACAUUGUUUGCGUUACAUCCGAACCUCACCGGUAGUUCGCUGUACAGGCUUGGCGGCGGACGGUGCCUGUCAGAGAAAUUGCUCGUUUGAAAUGCCAAUAAUUUCCAGUCGUGUAAAAUCUUAAAUUCCAGCAGUGGUAUGUUUGCAUCAACGAGAUUGAGGUUUUUAAGGCUAUUCAGAGAACUGUCGACACAUUAUUGACUUGUCUUCAGGGUAACCUAUACAUCACGAUCUGUCCUCGAAGGGAACGCCAGCAUCGUAUUUUAAUUUUCUACUACGGCUGGGAGGAUGACAGAGUACAAACUAGUGGUGGUUGGGGCUGGAGGUGUGGGCAAAAGUGCCCUCACCAUCCAACUUAUCCAGAACCACUUUGUUGAUGAGUAUGACCCUACUAUUGAAGACUCCUACAGGAAGCAAGUGGUGAUCGAUGGGGAGACAUGUCUCCUGGACAUAUUGGACACAGCUGGACAGGAGGAGUACAGUGCAAUGAGAGACCAGUACAUGAGGACGGGAGAGGGCUUCCUCUGUGUCUUCGCCAUCAACAACACCAAGUCCUUUGAAGACAUCCACCAGUACAGGGAACAGAUCAAAAGGGUGAAAGACUCUGAUGACGUGCCCAUGGUGCUUGUGGGUAAUAAAUGUGACCUCCCUGCACGUACGGUGGACACCAGGCAAGCUCAAGAAUUGGCUCGGAGUUAUGGCAUCCCUUAUAUUGAAACAUCUGCCAAGACGAGACAGGGAGUGGAGGAUGCUUUUUACACACUUGUCCGUGAAAUCAGACAGCAUAAGCUGAGGAAGCUGAAUCCACCGGAUGACAACGGCCAAGAUUGCAUGAACUGCCGAUGUGUGGUGUCAUGACCAAGUAACCUGUGACAAUUGGAGAGGACUUUUGAAGAAGCUGCACUGCUCCAACACUGCAAUGCCUCCCACAAGCUAGAGGUCGGGACUACAGACUGUGUAAAAGGAAACUAUUUUUUUGUCAGCGCUAGUGGAUUUAAGAGUCCACACCUGUCUGCUGAGGGACAUCUGACUCUGGCCUUUACUGGAGCAAAAAAAUAUUACCUCAAAGACUAGUCUAAACACUGGGCUUGCUUGGACUGUGUUAAGGACUGCCGUACUAAAAUAUGUUAUCCACAUUACAAUACUAUCUACUCUCAACUGGAAACAAUAGAUGACAAAAUAACCUUGCUUAUCACCUCAUCAGCUUUGGGCUUUUCAUCAUCAGACCAAAUGAGAGUAUAAUUGCUACAUUACUUGGAUUUGCAAACAUGAUAAUGCUUAGACUAGCAAAAUGUAAUGACAUGGGGAAAAAUAUAUGACUUGUAUACCAUUUGCUGGUAGGAGCCUAACUCAGUGUCAUGUACAUAUUUACUGAUUUCUCUUGCAAAGAGGCUCUUCACUGAUAUACUUAAAAUCUUAUGAGCUCCAGUACAAUAGUUCACAAUGGUGAUUACAAGGUACAGUGAUAUAAGGAACACACCUGUGGUAUAUCAUCGAUUUGCACAUGGCAUAGGACUGUGUUUAAAGUGUUGGCAGGCAUAUUUCAUAUUUCAAGUGAUCCUCUUCUUCACUAUCCCUUAGUUUCUAGUUAAAUGACAACAGAUAUCAAUGUAAAAAAACAAGCAGAAUUCUAAUGACAAACAUUUGACAAGGUUUGUCUGUAAUAUGUGAUGGUUUCUGGAGCACUGAAAUGUGCCAGUAGAUUAUUUGUCAGAGGGCAGACUCUUAACUGAAUUGCACAUAUUGCAACCUUAAAAGCCUAAGGCACUGUUUCUGUUUAUCACUGUGCUCGAUUUCUGCUCAGGGCAUAGGGUUGAAACAUUGUAGUUCGGUUUGGAGUCUCUUGUGUUACUGUAAAUGGGUUUUCUUCACAUAUUUUUUUCUUCCCUAUCAUUGUACCACUAAAUUUGUGCCUCUUUCCCCACCCCCACACUGUCUUAUUAUUCAAAAACAAGGAUAAUGUGCUCUGAUGUUAAAGAUGCAAGUGCAGAAAUAUUAAAAUUAGUGGUCUGUUA